GGAGUCUUAUCUCGGUCGGUGGAUUUAGUUUCAUUUUUACGCUCCCCGGAAGAUCUCAGUUCAUCUUCUACGCACCCUCCGCUGAGAAGUGAAUAAUGAAUCGCCAACACGAUCCCAAUCCCUUCGACGAAGAAGAAGAAGAAAUCGUCAAUCCGUUCUCAAAAGGAGCUGGUGGCGCUGGAAGGGUUCCUGUGGCAUCUAGGCCAGUUGGGUUUGGCAAUAACCUUGAUGCUACGGUCGAUAUUCCGUUGGAUACGGUGAAUGAAUCUUCAAAGAAACAGAGAGAGCUUUCUGAUUGGGAAGCAGAACUUAGGAAUAGAGAAAGGGAUAUUAAACGAAGAGAAGACGCUAUUGCUAAAUCUGGUGUGCAGAUAAACAAUAAAAACUGGCCACCCUUUUUCCCAAUUAUACACCACGACAUUGCUAACGAGAUACCAGUUCAUGCACAAAAACUGCAAUAUCUGGCAUUUGCUAGUUGGUUGGGUAUAGUUCUGUGUCUCGUAUUCAAUGUCAUUGCAGUGAUAGUCUGCUGGAUUAAAGGCGGAGGAGUCAAAAUCUUUUUUCUAGCCACAAUCUAUGCACUGCUUGGAUGUCCAAUUUCAUAUGUAUUAUGGUACAGGCCUCUCUACCGAGCAAUGAGGACUGACAGCGCUUUCAAGUUCGGUUGGUUUUUCUUCUUCUACCUGAUUCACAUUGGCUUUUGCAUAUUUGCUGCCAUUGCUCCUCCGAUCAUUUUCCGUGGACAAUCAUUAACGGGUGUGCUGGCAGCAAUUGAUGUUAUCUCAGCCAGUUUAUUAGCCGGGAUCUUCUACUUUGUCGGCUUCGGUCUCUUCUGCUUGGAGUCGCUUCUGAGUCUUUGGGUUCUCCAGAAAAUAUACCUCUACUUCAGGGGAAACAAGUAAGAGGAUACAAUACAUAUACUAGAGCAAAUACCUUCCACGAUACCGCGCUCUUAGAAGGUUUGAUUAUAGUAUUAGACUAUCUUACUAGUUACUACUAGUGUAAGUACCAUUGUGCCAUUGUCUGCGAUAAUGCUAUGUUGUGUUUUUUUUGUGUUGUGUUUUGUUGUAUGCCUUCAACAUUUUUAAUAAGAUGAUCGAAAUUCUAACAAGGCUUCAUAUAGCAA